AUGCCUUUUUGGAAAUUUUGUCAAAAUCCAGUAGGAAUCCUACUGGAGUCCUGGAGUCCAGUAGGAAUAGGUGGGGGAGUGAUAAGUAUUGUGCCGACACCAGCCCCUGCAGACUGCAACCCUGAAAGCCUCAAAAUACGAAUUCCACUCCUUUCGACUCUUCGUGAUGGUCAGGCUCCAACGUCACCUGAAAACGAAGAGUCAGGGGAUGAAGCCAAUACUACGCGUCGUACCUUUUGUCCUCCAGAGCAUCGGGAUGCCAUGGUAAACAUGAUGGAACGCCAUUUUUGCGCACACCCGCUCAUUCCCGGGUAUUCAGCGCCAAUGCCGGAAGGCAUCAAGGCAUGGGCUGUGAAGCAAAUCUAUGAAUUUUGUGUUGAUCACAGCUUGCCAAACCUUUGGGGUUACCUUUGGGAGAACUGGUAUUGUCGUGGACGUUGGGAGUUAUGGUCAAGAUCUGCAAAUCCUGUAGAAAUUCCACGACUGAAGACGACGAUGAUGGUGGAAGCGCAUUGGCGGCGUGUCAAAGAAGACUACCUCCAUCAUUUUAGCCUACCAAGGCUAGACUUGCUCGCGUGGGUCUUGAUAAAAAAAUUGGCGCCGACAUAUUACCGGAAGCUUCAUCAGUAA